AUGGGUAUUUCAACAUGUCUAUACAAGAUGAUGGAAAAGAAAUGGUUUGUAAUGAUAAUGUGGCAAGUAUGCGCCAUAAUGAAUGUUAGUGGCGCAUCAUUUGUCACACUUAUGAAUAAUUUGAACGGAAGAACGAUGCCAUUCUUCCAACUCGCAUUAACAUACACAACUCUGCUCCUCGUCCAUUUUAAAUUCGCCCCAAAAACAUCAAUGCCAUGGAUUAAAUACUUUAUUGUCUCAGUACUAAAUUUUGGCGGUGAUGUUACAGCUAUUUAUGCAUAUACAAUGACUUCAUUGUCAUCUUCUAUGCUUUUAGUUACGACUGUAAUCUUUUGGGUUGCACCAAUUAGUUACUUUUUCCUGAAAAGAGAUAUUUCUUGGCAGCAAGUACUUUCAAUCUUUAUUGGCGUUACAGGCAUCGUUUUAGUAUUCGUUGCUGAUGGAAUUGGCGAUACCCAUUGGCAAGGAAAUGUUCUUGCUCUUGCUUCUGCUUUUUGUUACGCAAUUGCCAACAUUUUACAAGAAGUUUUAGUAUUUGAGAAUACAAUUUCAACAUUCUUAUUCAGAUUUUCAUUAUGUACAGCUCCUGUUGCUACAAUUGUUACAGGUUCGGUUGAAUGGAAACAAAUUUAUACGUAUCAUUGGAGCUGGCAGAUAAUUUGCUUGCUAAUAGGCUAUGUAAUAAUUCUGUCACUAUAUUAUAGCUUAGUUCCUUUUGUUCUUCAACAUUCCAGCGCUACUGAGAUGAAUAUCUCGUUUUUAUCAAAUAACUUUUACUCUCUUGCCCUAUCCAUACUAUUUUUCGGACAGAAAGCUUCCUGGCUCUAUUUGAUCGGAUUUAUUUGCAUUCCAAUCGCAAUUAUUAUUUUCUGCGUUUGGGCACCCGAAGAAAAAUACAGAAAUGCAGGACCACAAUAUUCUGACAAUCCACAUUACGAAUUUUCCCAGAAAUACAUCGAUAAUACAAAACUUGUUAAUUAA